UUAAGAUGAGUGAAAAACUCCGAAAGUGAGAGCAGAUUAUCACGAUUUAGCUAUAACUUGAUUGGUUAAAUGUUUAUACUUUAAUCUUCUUUCUUCCAAUCACAUUAAUGUGUUUGUUUUUAAAGACGUAAAACACUUUUUUUUGGUUUUACAUUUUCAGUCUCUUUGAGGCGUUCUAGAGAUUACUAGCUCUCGUUGCUUUGCUAAGUUAACCUCUGAUAUUUUUUAGCAAAUUCCAAUUUAUUUAUAAAUUGCAAAACUUCUAUAAAAUUCAAAAUGCGUGAAUGUAUAUCUAUUCAUCUUGGUCAAGCUGGUUGUCAGAUUGGUAAUGCUUGCUGGGAGUUAUAUUGCUUAGAGCAUGGCAUUCAACCUGAUGGCCAAAUGCCAAGUGACAAAAGCAUUGGAGGUGGCGAUGACUCCUUUAAUACGUUUUUUAGUGAAACUGGUGGUGGUAAACAUGUGCCGAGAGCAGUUUUUGUCGAUUUAGAACCAACUGUUGUUGAUGAAAUACGCACAGGAACAUAUCGCCAAUUAUUUCAUCCAGAGCAGCUUGUCACAGGAAAAGAAGACGCAGCUAACAAUUACGCACGAGGCCAUUACACUGUUGGUAAAGAACUAAUUGACCAGGUAUUGGAUCGAAUUAGAAAACUUGCUGACCAAUGUACCGGUCUUCAAGGAUUUUUGAUCUUUCAUUCCUUUGGUGGAGGAACUGGAUCAGGAUUUACUUCAUUACUUAUGGAACGUCUUUCUGUUGAUUAUGGAAAAAAAUCAAAGCUAGAGUUUGCAGUUUAUCCUGCACCACAAGUUUCUACAGCUGUAGUUGAACCCUACAAUUCGGUUUUAACCACACAUACUACUUUGGAACACUCUGAUUGUGCAUUUAUGGUUGACAAUGAAGCUCUCUAUGACAUCUGCCGACGUAAUUUAGAUAUUGAGAGACCAACUUAUACUAACCUCAACAGAUUAAUUGGCCAAAUUGUAUCAUCUAUUACUGCUUCCUUAAGAUUUGAUGGCGCUUUAAACGUUGAUUUAACUGAGUUUCAGACUAACUUGGUACCAUAUCCUCGUAUCCAUUUCCCUUUGGCUACAUAUUCGCCGGUCAUUUCUGCUGAAAAAGCAUACCAUGAACAACUUACUGUUUCAGAAAUAACUAAUGCAUGCUUUGAACCUGCAAAUCAAAUGGUAAAAUGCGACCCCCGUCAUGGAAAAUACAUGGCAUGUUGUCUUCUGUAUCGUGGUGAUGUUGUCCCUAAAGAUGUAAAUUCAGCUAUUGCUGUAAUAAAAACAAAACGCACAAUUCAGUUUGUAGAUUGGUGUCCAACUGGAUUCAAAGUUGGUAUUAACUACCAACCUCCAACAGUUGUACCUGGUGGUGAUCUCGCUAAAGUUCAACGUGCUGUUUGUAUGUUAAGCAACACAACUGCAAUUGCUGAAGCAUGGGCACGACUCGACCACAAGUUUGAUCUCAUGUAUGCUAAGCGUGCUUUUGUUCAUUGGUAUGUUGGUGAGGGUAUGGAAGAAGGUGAGUUCUCUGAAGCACGCGAGGAUUUGGCGGCAUUGGAAAAAGAUUACGAAGAGGUUGGCGUUGAUUCGGUAGAUGAGGAAGCUGCUGGCGAAGGAGAUGAAUAUUAAGUUCAUUCAUGUAAUCAAUGUUAUUAUUAUGAAAUAAGAAAAAGUUGGAUAAGAAUUAUUAAA